GGCAGCCUGGGGUGUCCUCUCCUCGGCCACCUGACCCACCUUGCCAGCCAUACCUCCGCAAACAGCUGACAUCUCGCUCAGUGGGGAGAUGUUAACGAGGAUCACUCGGUGGUUUUUACGAGCCAUGACGAUGUUGGAGAACGGAGAAGGCGGAGGUAACGGCAACCCCUGGUACGUAGUAGUACUUUGUAGUAAGCACAUGUGCGCUCACCCGGUCUGAGGCUACUGUCACGAUAUGUCUUGGACAACAUGUAUGCUCCACUAAGGUCAUGAUCUCUAUAUAAAGUCAGGGCUGCUCUGUUGAGGGGACAUAUUCGGCCUUCUACCUCAUCCACCAUUCACACAAUCACACCAACUCUGCAAACCUUUCACCACACCUCCAAGAACUCAUUCUCUUUGAGUAAUAAUCAUAAUUCCAUAAUCAAAAUGCAGUUCACCACCGUCUUCCUCUCUGCCCUCGCCGCCGUCGGCUCUAUGGCUGCUCCCCUCGAGCCCAGGGCCGAGGCUGUCUCCAUGAUGGCCCAGGCCACCACCUGGACCAUCACCAACUUCAAGCGCACUGUCAACGCCGACAACACCGUCACUACCUGGACCUUCGGCAUCAACAACGGUGUGACCACAACACCUUGCACCGAGGUCGUCAAGGGAGCCAAGUCCUCGACGCUCAACGGCGGCCCAGCCACCUGUGGUGCUUACACCGUCACCUCCGGCUGGUCAGACCAGUUCGGCCCCGGCAACGAGUUCACCACCUUCGCUGUUGUCGACUACGCUCAGAGCCUGAUCGUCUACCCUGCCUACAGGGACGUCGAGGUUGCCUCUGGCAACGUCGUCACCCCCGACAAGAGCUACACCCCCAGCAAGAUCUAAGCACACCUAGUUAUGGCAUUAUGAGGAACGUUGGAUGAGUUCGAAAUUUGAUUUGAAUAACGGGUCUCUUGUGAUGAGAUUGGAGUUGGAAAUACAUAAGCUCUUAGUCUUAGUUAAUUCAAAAGCGUCAAGAAAAAAAAAUUGAUCUAGUGCAAUGCAUCCGUGAUAAUUGAUUUAAUACAAAUGUGCAUUUUCUUGAACUCAACGCUCAGCUUGUCUAGCUGCAGGCAAACAGGACUCUUUAUUAGAAUCUCGAGAUUUCUACAAUUGCUUAAGUAGGGAAGAAGAACAUCAUUGUACUACAUCAUUUUGGUUGGCUGUUGUAGUUGAAAGAGCCCCUACAAUGUGAAUAACAGGCGAAUUAGAAGCUUAUUGAGUUGGCCUUACUCUAUGGCAACCUUGGAACCUAAUACGACGUGACUUGAG